UGGGGUAGGUUCGCUGCUCUUGCGGAUUAAAGUACACUUUUUAUUUACGUGUAAUAAAUCGUGUUAGUGUGUCAAACUUAUUAGGAAGUAAAUUUUUCUGUAUAGUGCGUUGUUAAUAUAGUGUCGUUGAUAAGCGUAAUGUGUUGAUUGUGAAGUGUCUAAAUUAUAAAUUUUGAUGUUUACGAUGGAUGCGAACUCGAAGUAUUACGAGGGCUGUGGUCAGGAAGGGCCGAUUCGGUGCAUAUUUCUGUGUGAAUUCCACCCGACGGCCGGGCCUAAGAUAACCUGUCAAGUGCCAGAGAACUAUAUUUCGAAAGACAUUUUUGAUACGGUUAGCCACUACAUCAUUCCAAAAGUGCAACUGCAACGUUGCACUUUGACAGUCACGCUCCUAGGAUCGAAAAUCCUGGGCUUCCCGGUGAGGAUAGACAACAAGAAGUAUGCCCGCAACGCCUUUUACUUCAACCUGUGCUUUGUGUGCGAUGCCUGGGCUCGGACGGUGCACUUGGAGCCCCUGGUUAAGAAGCUGACGGAAUACCUUUUGUCGAUGGAGCUAGAAACCGAGUGGCUGUCGAAACAGUCGGUGUCGGGAGAGGCGGGUGCGCUUGCGGCGCUCAUGCGGCAAGUGAUGCAGGACAUCAAUAGCAAACGGAUGUGCACACUUACUGUGGGCACGACAACCACCCACCUCACCGUCGUUAGGGUCAAUAGCGACCCGUCCCCCGUGAAGGACCAUCAAGUGCCCGUGUUUCUGUACAGCAGGCAGAGCUUCGUGGCCGACCAAUGGGACCUCACCACUAAUCAGAUCCUCCCAUACAUCGACGGGUUCAACCACGUCUCGAAAAUCGCAGCCCUGACGGACGUGGAGAUCAGCCUGGUUCGAGCGUGUGUUCAGAACCUAGUCUACUACGGUGUGGUCACCCUAGUGCCCAUCUUCCAGUACUGUGCUGUGUAUAGCGCGACGCCCAAGUUAAGACAGCUGACGAGGUGUGCGGGCCUGCAGCGGCAGUGUGUAGAGUUCUGCGCCAGAUCAUCACGCCAACUCCCAAAAGUGUCAGAUCUCUUUCGCAUGUACGCUGGCAUGACAUACGGCAGCACAGUGCGAGACCUCUGUCGGCGGAUACGGCCGCAGGAGCUAGCGGUCGACGAGCGAAGGCUUGUCCUGUUUGGAGUGUUAGAAGGGCUCAUCCGACGCGUUUAUAAGUACCCAAUCACAAUGCACGACGACGCUGCGUCUUUGUCCAGCGAGCACAGCCAGCCGCUCGUCCGCACCUACAACGGCCUGGUCUGCCUCGACGAACUCUGCUGCCAGGGCGGGCUCACCGCGCAACAGCUAGAGGAACAACUCGAGAGGGACACCAAUGUCGUGUUCAUUGUCAAGUGAUACAACUGUGUCUAAACUGCGAUCAACAUGUGUUGUGUUACCGACAAGUGAUCUCAUAUGUGAGGACUUGGAAGGACUAAUAGGGUUCAGAAACAGCGAGCAGCGUCGCGAAGCAAUUCCCCUGGCAGAGCCUGCCGAGGCAAGUCUAGGUUAGCCAUUUGCCGUCUAAGGGAAUCGCCUUGCAAGUCUCGCAACACCGCUCGCUCUGUGGACCAGCUCUUGCCAGAUGGUAAUGUGUAUUUCUCUUUACUACUUGUUACCGAUAUAAGUGAAGGUUUAGGUUAGAACGAUGUUCCAAAAUAUUCCGUGUGAGCAAUAUAGCUAAUCUUGGCGAAGUUACAGCAGGGACUAUGGAAUAAGUUUGUAAAUAGGCUGGCAACACCAUUGAUUAAUGCUAAGCACUUGUUUUAAGAGUUGCCAGUAUCUAAAAAUGUUACAAUCGAAGGAUUUUUCUAGAUAUAUUGAAAGUGCGUAGAGAAGGAAGCUGUGAACCCUUAAAAAUGUAAAUAAUAAUUAAGUAUGUAUAUUCGUGUCUAUAAAGAAUGAUUUGUUUAUCUGAUGUUUAUUCAAGUUUUUCACAUAACUGUUUACCUAAUAGUAUACAUAAAGUUAUAUUUUUGAGUGUUACUUUUUACAUAGAUAUAUCUACUAUACAAAACUUUAAAUUUGUAUUUUAUACCUUACCUGUACAGUUCAAAAAUCUGCUCAAUCUUCUUAGGUAUAUAGAAUAUUUUUAACGCAUAUUAUAUAACUAAAAGUACAUGAUAGUUGUUCAUAAAGGUGCUACAUAACUUGGUUAUAAGAUUUGUAUAAGUUAAACAUUAAAACACGACGUCCCACCGAGUUUCUAUAUAUACAUAUUUUAUUUCUAAGCGCAUUUUAAUACGACUAUAUGGUACAUCAUAUUAUGUAAGUUUUGUACCAACUUUAAUGAUAGAAAUUGCCAAAUAUUUAGUGGACUGUAUGAUGUAGUAUUAGUGGGGUAAUUAUGUUAAAUUAGCAGACAUCGGAUUUCGUGGGGCGAAACAUCUACUUCCUAUAUAGAUAAACUCAUUUAUCGAUACUAGUUCUAUAUACUAGUGACCGCCCCCAACAUUGUGUGUGUUUUUUGUAACUAUUGUUCUGAAGACCAGUAUGAUAUUCAUACAUAGCAUCUAAAAUAAAUAGCGUCGAAAUAAAUUGCGACGAGUAAACUUUUAAAAACGUUUUAAAAAAAGAAGAAGAAAAUUGAGUUCUUAUUUUAUUAUAUAAUAUUUUUUUUAUACUACGUCGGUGGCAACCAAGCAUACGGUCCGGUGCGGUGGAAAGCGG